AUGGGAAGACUUAUCAAGAACCACUGGGCUCGUUUGAUCGUCCUCACUGCAGCAUCAUUUCAAAUAGGAAGCGCAAUCGAGGGCUUCAUCUGGCCAAAAGUCUUCUGGGACUUCAUGACACAAAAUUUAAACGGCGCGGUCACACCGAUUCCGAUAUUACAAAUCCUCAAUUUGCUUAUGGGUUUGAUCGGAAUUGCGUGGGAAUGGCCUCUGAAAUAUGUCGCGGGCUCGACACCGCACCGUAGCAUCGAGUUUCGAUUGAUCCUCUAUCCUCUCAGUGCUCUUCUCGCAAUGCUCCUCUACCAAGGGACGGACCCUGCGAUAUACUACCUCAUUGGCAUUGGGGUUUACUUCUGGGCUUAUAGUGAAGGAGAGAGUACAGGUGAACAGCACAGCAUCCCAUCGCGCUCUACCUCGGUCGCAGCGAAUGCAAUGUCGCCUCUGCUCCUCACGAAGCCUCUCAAGGAAGAACCUGGCCUCAUCAGGGAGAGCGAGGAAGUGCCCGUGAACAAGAAGACCAGCUUCAACGGGAAGUUGAACCAGUACUUUCACACCGCGAAGAAUAUCGCCACCGGACCGACCAUCACGACCACAACCAAGCACAGAGACAACAAUGCCUCCGUAUCCGAGCAAGACAUCGCGCCUAUCAGCUUCAAACGCAAGCCAUCAUCCUCGCAGCAGCCACUCUCUUCAAAAGAGAUAGACGAACUGAACACUUGCUCCUCCUCCUCCUCCUCCUCCUCCAAGCGCCGACGCACGACGACCACCAUGCAUCGAACCCUACCCUCGGCCACACGCGCAGCAGCAACAAGAACAACAACACGGAUAACUCGCUCCCUCACCCGCUCACGCACCACUUCAUCCUCCCCAUUCUCCACAGCCUCAUUCUCACCCUCACAAUCCACAACCCCGCACCCCGAACCCCAACUUCAAACAACCACCACCACCACGACGAAACCCCCUCGCACCCGUACCCGCAAGUCCCCCACCCCACAAAACACCCCCAGCCUCCUCCGCGAUACUAUCCCGCCAAACCUCGACCUCCUCCUCGUGGGCGUAAACCCAGGCCUCCUCACGGGAAUCACAGGCCACGCCUACGCGCAUCCAUCCAACCUCUUCUGGAAACUUUUACACUGGUCGGGCAUCACGGCGAUCCGGCACCCGCCAUCAGACACGUACGCGCUGCCGGAGCUGUACAACAUUGGGAACACGAAUAUCGUGGAGCGGCCGACGCGGGACGCCAGCAUGCUCAGCCGUGCGGAGAUGGACGCGGGGGUGCCCGUGCUAGAAGCCAAAGUGGCGGCGCAGCGGCCGGCGGUGGUGUGUCUGGUCGGGAAGAGUAUCUGGGAGGCGGUGUGGCGCGUCAAGACGGGGCGGAAUAUCCGGAAGGAGGAAUUCCGGUAUGGGUGGCAGGAUGAGGAGAUGAAUAUGGGGGUAUCUACGAAAGACGGGGGAUGGCCGGGGGCGAGGGUGUUUGUGGCUACUACGACGAGUGGGCUGGCGGCGGGGAUGUCGGUAGCAGAAAAGCAGGCCGUUUGGAAUGAGUUGGGGGACUGGGUGAAGAGGCGGCGGAGGGAGAGGGAGAUGGGGGAGAAGCAGCAGCAGCAGUCGCUUCCACAGGAGCAGAUAGAGAGUGCUGCUCAGGAAGAUAUACCCGGUCAGGAUCCAUGA